AUGGCGACCACGUAUCGCCAGACUGCGCCAAUAACCUACCAACGCGAUGUUUUUCCGCUGCCCGUGACUGCCUUGGCGUUCGACCCCGUCUCGGACACGCUAUGGACUGGCCUCAAUUCAGGAAUCGUGACGGCGUACUACACCCCGCAGGGGAUGCGGGGUGUCACCUUUCCCAUCGGGGGUGGACUCGCGGUCAAGAGGAUUGUCGCGAGCGAUUCCAAUGUCCGCGCGUAUGGGGUGGCCAGUGAAGGCGUAGGAGCAUGGGGGAAGGGCGGAGUGAACAAGUGGAAUCACCGAGCCAAUGUAUCUGUAACGGCAAUGUCUUGCAAUACCACCAGCAUGUUUGGGAUCGCUACCGCGACUCCGGAGCUCAUGAUCCUCAACUCGCACACGGGUUCCGUGGUGCAAAGAUCCCCUGUAUCCUCUGUGCUAACACACCUUUUGUAUCCUAGCACGCAUCUUGUAUCAGGUUCAUCCGAUGGCUUUCUACGGCUGCACGACCCUCGAAAUGUAAUGUGGCAUGACGGCGGCAACUCUGUCCGGGCCCACAUAGGCGGCAUACAGGGUCUUGAAGCCAGCGGGAACUAUAUCUACACUAUUGGUCUUGGCACAAGACAGGGUCGACCGUAUCCCGACCCGCUGGUGAAGGUGUACGAUAUUCGUGCGCUAAAGCCGCUGCCGCCCCUUCCGUUUGCAAGCGGUCCUGCGUUCAUCAACAUAAUCCCGAAACGUCCGUCUACACUUGCCAUUACAUCGCAUCAAGGCCUGGUCAACAUUGUCGAUGCAUCAAACCCGACCGUGAAUGAAUUCUAUCAGCUCGACGCGCCCUCCUACAUCACCGCAACAGCGGUCUCAGCUACAGGGGCUUACCUAGCGUUUGGUGACACUGAUGGUGCUGUACAUCUCAUGUCUGCCGCCGAGGAAGGCGCCAGCAUUCCCUUCAAUGGCUUUGAGGGGAGACCUAUAGAGUGGGCAGACACUCCAGAACCCUUACCUGAGAUCGAUUGGACGGACACGACACCCCUGAACAUCAUUGGCAUGCCCCACUACAACGAGCAGCUCCUCUCGUCAUGGACGCCUGACUUCAUAUCGAACGGACUUCACUACCCACCUCCUCCGAAGAUCCCGCAGGUCAUCCUUAACACCAUGAAAAUCAAUGACAACGUCGCGUAUGCCGCGCUGCCGAAGGAGCUCCGGGGCAGGCGGAACGUUGCUGUCACCGCUCCGCGCAGGCCUGGCGGGAGGUUUAGAAGUGGUAAAGGGAGACAAGAGUCGGAACUCGACACACCGAUAUACGAGUACGAUCCUGACGUCAUCCCGAGGCCGUACCGGAAGGUUGAGAUCGAGUACUCGAAGUUCGGUGUAGAAGAUUUUGACUUCGCGUACUACAACCGGACAGACUACAGCGGACUGGAGACGCACAUCUCGAACUCGUAUACGAACGCGAUGGUCCAGGUCAUGCACUACACCCUCCCCAUCCGGAAGCUCGCGAAGUCUCACAUCGCCACUGACUGCCCGAGGGAGCAUUGUCUCUUGUGCGAGCUAGGCUUUGUGGUACGCAUGCUUGAAGACGCCCGGGGUACGAACUGUCAGGCGAGCAACUUCUGUAAGACUGUUGGUUUCUUGGCACAAAUGAACAACGCCAUUGAGCUAAUAGACUUCGGACGGGAGACAGCCGAGCUGAGCUACGCGCAUAUGAUCCAGUCGUUCCACCGCUUCCUGGUCGACCACCUAAGCUCGGAGGGGAACUCGUUCCCCCAUAACCCGGUGCUCAUCCCCUCACCGGCGAUGUCGCCCGGCCUUAUCUCCCCGGCACCCGCACCCAUUACACAACUGGUGGGUAUCGACGCCAAGAACGUCAUCACUUGCUCGAACUGCAAGGCGGUCAGAGAGAAGGAGAAUAUGACACAUGUCAUUGACAUGAUAUACCCUCGGAAGCCACUCUCGAACGAGCCAUCCGUCGAUCCAGACUUCGCGUCUCUCCUUCGGACGUCUCUCCUCCGGCCAACGACACACAAGGCAACGUGUCAGACCUGCAAGCAUUUCGCGACCUUCGAGUCGAAGCGGUCGAUACGGUCGAGAGACCUGCCGCCCCUCCUCGCCGUGAACGCGGCAUGUCAUUCGGAAGAAGCUCACAAAGUCUGGAGGGACAAUCGAAACCAGACGUUCCUCAAGCCUUCUGUCGAGUUGCACGGUCAGCUUGAGGGGAUGGAGGACCCUGAGGGCGCCAUAUACGACUUGAGGGCUAUGGUCGUGCAAGUCGUGACGAAAGACCAGGGGUCGCACUUGGUGGCCAUAGUGAAAGUCCCGGACACCGAGAGAACGUUCGACCAGGAUCAUGACUAUUCCUGGUAUCUGUUAAACGACUUCGUCGUUCGUGGCAUCGCUGAGGAGGAAGCGCUGAGCUUCCCGUCUAACUGGAAGGUUCCUUGCGUCCUAUACCUGGAACGUGUCGACUUGGUCCAACGACUUGACUUCAGUGGUCUGCCCACGACCAUCGAUCGUUCGAUUCUCUGCCGCGACACAAACAUCGCCAUGACCCGAGACAAGAAGUACGUCAAGCACAAGCCCCUCCGCCCGGACGAACUCCCGAAACCCGGGACACUGGUCGCUAUCGAUGCAGAGUUCGUGUCCAUGCAGCAGGAAGAGACCGAGUUCCGGUCGGACGGCACCAAGAAGGUGCUCCGCCCUGCUCGUCUCAGCCUCGCGCGUGUCUCCGUGCUGCGUGGCGAGGGGCCGAGUGAAGGGCUUCCCUUCAUCGACGACCACAUCCACACGAGUGAGGUGAUCGUCGAUUAUCUGACAGAGUUCUCUGGCAUACGAUUCGGUGAUCUCGAUCCCCACAUGACACGGUAUACAUUGACACCUCUGAAGCUGGUGUACAAGAAGCUUCGUCUUCUUGUAGACCUAGGUUGCAUAUUCAUCGGUCAUGGGCUGUCCAAGGACUUCCGAAUAAUCAACGUCUUCGUCCCUCCCGAACAGGUUAUCGAUACAGUUGACUUGUACUUCUUGCCGAGUCGACAGCGACGUCUGUCCCUGCGGUUCCUCGCCUGGUUCGUCCUGGGCGAGAACAUCCAAACGGACACGCAUGACUCCAUCGAGGACGCGCUGUCGGCCUUGCGGCUGUACAAGGGCUACCAGACGCUCGAGUCCGCGGACACGUUCGACGAGAAGCUAGACGAGCUCUACAGGGAGGGCAAAAAAUACAACUGGAGACCCCCUGCGCCGCCCACGGCAGUUUCCUCGGCCACGCCUACCAUGGUGGGCAACGUCGCCACGCAGAUGGCGCAGAUGAACAUGAACGGCCAGCAGAUGAUGCCUCCGAACAUGAUGAACAGCCGCCAGAGCAUCAUGCAGACCCUCAUGCCCGGGCCGACUCAGUUUUCGGGGCAGCACCCGAUGAACAUGUAUCAUACGCCCUCGCCCAGUCCGCAUCCCUUCUCGCCGCCGCCGUGGAAUAGAUGA